AUGUCGGCCGCCAUAGACAAUACGGUGUACGUCGUCACCGGAGCAAACCGAGGUCUUGGUCUUGGCUUUGUGCAAUCGCUUCUUACGCGUCCUCAACACACGGUGGUCGCCACAGUCCGUAGCGAGCAAGCCAAACAUGUCUUGGAAGACGAGAUCAAGAGCAUAUCGAAAGGGACUGGCAGCAAGCUGGAGGUCAUACAGUACGACUUCUCCACGGCUAUCGAUCCCAAAGAGGUGGAAAGCAAGUUCGCCAAAUUGGGAUUUCAGCAUAUCGACGUUCUAUUGCUUAACGCUGGAGGCGCACAGCCAAUGGUCCCACCAAGCGAGACCACAGCCAAAGACCUGCGCGCAGCAUUUGAGACCAACACUAUCGCACCUCUGCUCGUAUUCCAGGGUCUGAAGCAGUAUUUGCUGAGAGCCAACUCCAUUCCCAAGCUCAUCUGGGUUACCUCUUCGGUCGGAAGCAUCGCGGACAUGGACCCGUUUGGCGGCGGCGCCUAUGGUCCCAGCCGAGCGGCACAGAACUGGCUAGCGCGCUCCAUCCAUCUCGAAUAUAACGGCACAAAGGGGAAUACGCGUUUGAUUGUCAUUCCCUUGCAUCCUGGAUGGGUCCAAACGCGAGCGGGCCAGUUUGUCGUGGAUCAGUGGCAGUCGGCGCUCAAAGCCAUCAACUACGAGAUUGAGAACCCGCCGACAACGCUAGAAGAGAGCGUCUGUGGUAUGAUCAAAGUCAUUGACAAUGCGACGGCAGAAUAUUCAGGCCAGUUCCUAACGUAUGAAGGCAAGAUGCUGCCGUGGUAA